AUGUCUGCUGAGGGCCCAGUCCCUGCUCAGGCCCCGAUAGGAUCCUCUCCGGAAGCACCCCAGCCCGCAGCAGCCCCAGCCAAGGAGAAUGGCGUGGACAGAGCAGCUGAGAACCCGGGGCGCCCCAGCCGGGGCCAGCAGAAGUCGUGGCUGAUGUAUUAUUUCUCGGCUGUGCUACGGAGGCACACGAAGACCAAGAAGGCAGGGCAGCUCUUCUCGGGGCUGCUGGCCCUUAAUGUGGUCUUCCUGGGCAGCGCCUUCAUCUGCGGCAUGCUCUUCAACGGCAUGGCUGUCACGCUGACCGACGUGUGGCUCCUGCUGGCCACGCUCAAGGUCCUCUCCCUCCUGUGGCUCCUCUACUACGAGAUCACCACCACCCGCAAGUCACGAGCCGUGCUCCACCAAGACCCUCAGGCCGGACCCAUCUGGGUGCGGGGUUCCCUGGUGCUGUUCGGCAGCUGCACCAUCUGCCUCAAUGUCUUCCGCGUGGGCAACGCCGUGAGCCACGCCGACUGCAAGUCCCACCUGGAGCUCGCCUUCCCCAUCAUCCAGAUCAUGUUCGUGAGCGUGCAGACAUGGGUGCUCUGGAAACACUGCAAGGACUGUAUGCAGUUCCAGACGAACCUCACGAGGUGUGGCCUGAUGCUGACCCUGGCCACAGACCUGCUGCUGUGGAUUCUGGCUAUCACCAACGACUCCAUGCACCAUGAGAUCAGAGCUGAGCUCGAUACCCACCUGGAGAAGUCCUCAGGCAACUUGAGCAGCUUCUGCGUCUGCAUCAACAACACGGCCUGCCUGGUGUUCCAGAAGGGCAGCCUCAUGCUGUACCCCUUCAACACCGAGUACUGCCUCCUCUGCUGCACCAUGCUCUUCGUCAUGUGGAAGAACGUGGGCCGCCACCUGGCCGCCCCCGCGAGGCCCCCGCCCAGCACCCCGCCCUUCCGCCUGUCCGGGGUCCUCGGGCCUCUGCUCGGCCUGCUGGCGCUGGUGGCCGGCAUUUGCAUCUUUGUGCUCUUCCAGAUCCAGGCAAACGGCCCGGACAUCGCGCGCCGCUACUUCACGCUCUACUAUGCCUUCUACGUGGCGGUGCUGCCCGCCAUGACGCUGGCCAGCCUGGCGGGCGCGGCCGUCUACCUGCUGGAGGAGCGGGAGCUGGACGUGCUCAAGAACCCCACGCGCAGCCUGGACGUGGUGCUGCUGAUGGGGGCGGCGCUGGGCCCGAUGGGCAUCGCCUACUUCUCCCUCGUGGCCACCGUGGCCACCCACCCGCGCCGGCCGCUCAGCCGCCUCAUCCUGGCCUACUCGCUGCUGCUCGUCCUGCAGCACAUCGCGCAGAACCUCUUCAUCAUCGGGGGGCUGCACCGCCGGCUGCUCUGCGAGGCCGAGCCGGCCCGCAGGAGCUCGCUGCUCGACCUGAGCCAGGACCUGCGGAGGGCCUACUUCCACUCCUACAGCCGCCUCAACUGGAAGCAGAUCGUGCUGAAGGAGAUCGCCCUCUUCCUCAUCCUAUGCAACAUCGUGCUAUGGAUGAUGCCAGCGUUUGGCGUGCACCCCGAGUUUGAGAACGGGCUGGAAAAGGAUUUCUAUGGCUACCGGACUUGGUUCACCAUCGUCAACUUUGGCCUGCCUCUGGGGGUCUUCUACCGCAUGCACUCUGUGGGAGGGCUGGUGGAGGUUUACCUGGAGGCCUGA